AUGAAUGUCCAACUGUUCUUGGUCAUCGCGACAUUCGCAUUCUUUGCCAAACUCACGGUCGCCUUAAUCAAGUGGAUUAGAAGUCCCUUGAGAUCAGUACCUGGGCCGCCCCUAGCACGCUUGACUGAUCUAUGGUACCUCUAUCGUGUUAAGCAGGGCAGCUUCGAAAAGGUCAACCUACAACUGCAUGAACAAUAUGGCCCGAUCGUCCGUUACGGUCCAAACCGAUAUAGCAUCAAUGAUGCGGAAUCAACCAAGACAAUCUACGGCCACGCCACGCAGUUCCGCAAGUCAGACUGGUAUAUCGCAACGACGCCUGAUAGUCGAAGGGUGAACAUCUUUGCGGAACAAGAUAUCAAGCGCCACGCCUAUUCUAGGCGGUUCUACUCUAGUGCCUACUCGAUGACUUCUCUCGUCCAUUACGAACCCUACUUGGACGAAUGCGGCGCACUGUUCUGUCAACGACUCGACGAGUUUUCAAAAGCAGGAUUCGCAGCUGACUUCGGUCACUGGUUUCAAUGCUUUGCAUUCGAUGCUAUCGCGAUGAUGACUUACGGGAAACGUCUUGGGUUCUUAGACCGGGGGGAAGACAUUUCUAGCGUAAUGAAGAAUAUCAAUAUGGCCCUCGUACAUGCUAGCUUGGUUGGUGUUUUCCCUUCCUUGCAUAAGUAUGCGAUGGUACUAUUGAGCGUCUUCGAACGUUUCUUUGGAGAUGGGUCAGUUACGUUUGUGCCGAAUUUCACCCAGAAGAUAAUCGACGCUGAACGAGCAUCUCCAAAGUUGGUUGUUGACGUACGUGGCCAAGAAGAUGGGGCGGCUGCCAAGGAAAGCUUCCUCACCAAAUUUCUGGCCAAGCAUUCCAGCGAUCCCAACUUCACCAACGAGUAUAUCCUCGCAGGCUGCGCAGCCAACAUGUUUGCUGGAUCCGACACCACUGGCCUCAGCCUAUCGGCUAUCCUUUACAACUUAUUAAAAAGUCCAGAGAGUAUGAGGAAGCUGCGUCAAGAAAUCGACGAGUUCACUAGCCGUGGUGAGCUUUCGAAAGCACCUACGUUCAAGGAGAGCCAGCAAAUGCCCUACCUUCAAGCUGUUAUUAAAGAGGCCUUACGUGUGCACCCAGCCGUUGGAUUACCAUUGGAACGAGUUGUGCCUGAAGGUGGUGCCUCGAUUGGUGGUAGGUUCUUUCCUGAAGGGGCUGUCGUUGGCAUCAACAGCUGGGUUCAGCAUCGGGACAAGGUUUUGUUCGGUGAUGACGCUGACCACUUCCGGCCGGAUCGCUGGCUCGUUAGUGACGAGACCAAGUUGUUGUCAGUUAUGAACAGAAAUUGGACACCGUUCGGCUUGGGGUCACGAACCUGCUUGGGCAAAAACAUCUCCAUCCUUGAGAUAUCGAAGCUUAUCCCCAGGAUUGUGCGCGACUUUGAUUUUAAGCUUGAAGGUGCAGCGGCCACGCCGAGCGGAUCUUGGAAAACCUUCAACGCAUUCUUUGUAAAGCCUGUGAACUUCUACGUGAAGGUACAACCCAGAAAGAGAGACCGAGAAAUGCCUCUGACCAAUCUGUCCAAUCUGAAUUGA